AAGCUGUUUCACUGUGGUCUUCUGUCGCCGCACGGUCACGCCAGUGUUCCUCCUCUUCACAGCUCGUCUGCUCUUCCACCCCGAGGCUCGCCGACUGCUGAGUCUGGGGCUAAAUGACGCUUUUCAUGGUUAGCGAACGUUCAUUAUCGCUGUCACUUUGGUAGAGAAGUCUGUGUGGACUGGAGCUCCAGAGGAGGGUUAGCCUUCACUGACAUGGUGUUUUUAAAAAGUCAGUAGAUUCACUGCUGUCACUGGCUGAAUUGACGGUCUGCAGAACUGAAUGAGGUGCGGUCCUCUACCUUUGCUGUUUUGUAAGUGCUGCUGCCGGGAUGGGCCAGCAGAUCUCAGGUCAGUCGGUGAUGACCCGUCUGCCUGAGAAGCUGGUGAAACACGUCGGACUGGUGCGUGACGGUGGCUACCUCACCUACGAGGAGUUCCUGGCUCGAGUGGCCGAGCUUAAUGACGUUACGGCCAAGCUUGCCGCCGGACAGCAGAAGCACCUUCUGUUUGAGGUGCAGCCAGGAUCCGAUGCAACGGCCUUGUGGAAGGUGGCCGUCAGGGUUGUCUGUACCAAGAUCAACAAGGAGAGUGGUACGUUGGAAGCAUCACGGAUCAUGAACCUGUACCAGUUCAUCCAGCUGUACCGUGACAUCACCAGUCAGGCUGCUGAGGUGCUGUCUGCAGAGGGCGCCAACGAAGGCCCGUCUGGCCAGCUCCCUUCCACAGACUCCUGCCAGGCCAGCAUGUGGAUGGGCAGAGUGAAGCAGCUGACUGAUGAGGAGGAGUGCUGUAUCUGCAUGGACGGAAAGGCCGACCUUAUCCUGCCCUGUGCGCACAGCUUCUGUCAGAAGUGCAUUGAUAAAUGGAGUGGGCAGAGCCGAAACUGUCCAAUAUGCCGCCUGCAAGUGACUGCUGCCAAUGAAUCGUGGGUAAUGUCUGAUUUCCCCACAGAGGAUGACAUAGCUGGCUACAUCCUCAACUUGGCUGAUGAGGCAGGCCACCCCCACAGGCCUUAACACACUUACCACAAAGCCAAUGAGAUGUUAGAUAAGGGACAGUGACCCGUACCAAGUAGAUUUCACAACACAAAAUGUCACUUUUCUAAGGGGAGGAGAUUUUCUUUCUCUUAAAUAGUUAACAAUGCAGAGGAAGCCCCUUUGGUUUCCUAAUCUUCACAUUCUGACAUGUUUGGAACAUGACACCAGUAACCACACAUUUAACAGGUUCUUUCUUUCGAGCAGACUUCCUGAAAAUGAUCAGCAAAAUGUCGUACAAUUGGCUGUUAUCUACCUGUAAAUCAACAGGACGUUUUAAGAAAUGUCGUCACAGUUUAGUACUAAUUGUAAGUGAAAAGGAGAAGGUGUUUCUGCUGUUGCUAAGCACUAGGUUGUGCUAUUUGUGUGGCAAAAUAAGAAAUGAUGUAGUGGGUAAGUAUAAAAUACUUUACUUACCAUCAACUGACUAAAGUAUAACUGUGGGGGUCUGUAAAGUUUUAUCACAUGUAGGGUUUUAUUUAAUUAGCAUCAUUCAUAUCAGUUUAAAACACAAAACUAAAGAAUUUCCAAUGCAGAUGGAAAGUACAGAUUAGCAAUACCCAGAUUACCCAUUUUUAAGCAGGACAUUGUGAUUUACAGUUAAAUACCAGCAAAAUUGUUGGGCAUUUUAAGUAAAGUUUUCAGGAAAUUAGCUGUAAAAUAUAUGAUUGGUAAAAUAAAGUGUUAAAGGUCCAGUGUGUAAGAUUUAGGUGAAAGGGAACAAUUGGCAGAAAUUUAAUGUAGAAUA